AUGGAAUUCCGACAUUCCACUUGGAAUCCGCUGGAACUCAUGGGGGAUGGUAAAGACCUCCGUCAAGAUAGGCGCUUUCGCGAGGAGGAGCUGGACGGUGGGGAUUUUUGCGAGAUAGGUUUGGCUGUGGCUGUUCAGGUAGUCCAUGGUAUCUACGACGUCGAGGCUCUGGUGGUCAGGGAAGAGGACUGCGUUGCGCAGGUUGCGUGGGUUGGUCAUGCGCGAGAGUCAGGUGUCUCCGCAACCCCGUUUAUAUUUCUAAGCAGCCGACGUCCUGGCCAGAAGCAUCUCCCGAUGCCAUUAUCGAUACCAAUCAUGCGCACAUUGGUCUUUUGA